GCAUUCGAUUAGAAUUUUUUGCUUGUAGAUUUUUUUUUUAGGUGAUGUGGAGCAGGCCCAUAUUUUAGUUUGUCUAUGAUUGUGUCUAUCAAUCCUUCACCUUAGAACAUAGAAUAAACCUUCAUCUAACCUGCACAUCUGACAGCAAUUCAAGAAACGAAAACAGACUUCUAUUCAAUAUUUAUCUGUUCAUUAUUAUUACAAUAUUGAUUUAAAUUUAAAAAAAUGGAUUCAUCUACACUAGAAGGGCUUGAUUUUGACCUUUAUGAAACUCUAGAAAUAGAGCCUUCAUGUUCAAUCAAUGAUAUUAAAAAAGCCUACAGAAAAAAAGCUCUUUUGUGCCAUCCAGAUAAAAAUCCUGAUAAUCCAAAUGCUGCAGUAGAAUUCCAUAAGCUUACUCGAAUUUUGGCGAUAUUAUCAGACGAGAAAGUGCGAGAAUCAUAUGAUAAAGUAUUAAGAGGGCGAAAAGAGGCAGCCUUAAGACACAAAGAAUUAGAUAAUAAAAGAAAAAAAUUCAAAGAGGAUCUUGAGAGUCGAGAGCGGUUUGCUAAUUCCCAAAAAGAUAAGAAAAAAUCGGAACAGGAAGAGAUUGAAAGGCUGAGAGAAGAAGGCUCUCAAGCUCUACAGGAAGAAGUUCGGAAUGUUACAAAUAAAAUCAGAAAAGAACAUGGUCAAGAAGAUCCUUUGGAUGCCUCAAAAUAUAGAAUUAAAAUAAAAUGGAAGGCUGCAAAAAAUGAUGAAUCAAAUGGGGGUUAUACUAAAGAUAUGAUACUCAAGUUUUUAUCAAAAUAUGGAGAUGUUAAUGUUCUGGUGCUAUCAGCGAAGAAAAAAGGAAGUGCAAUGGUUGAAUUUAAAACCAAGUCAGCUGCUGAAAUGGCUAUGAACUGUGAAAAGGGAUUAUCUAUUAACCCUUUAACUCUUGAAUGGGUUACCGCACCACCUCCCUCCACUUUCAGAGGACUAGAAUUUCUUAUUAAAGGUACAGAAUUUGAAGGCAUGACGAUGGAGCAGUUGACUAAACCUGAUAUCAGGAAACGAUUCAUAGAGAAGAUGAUACUAGAUAAAUUUAAAUAAAUUAUUUUACAUAAUAAAUUUUUUUUAUUAACAGGUAGUAAAUUUAUUACACUUAAA